CCGGCCCCAGGUCUUUGGCCGACGAGCAUGUCCAGGAAGUCCCCGGGAGGCUCGUUUCACUUCAGCUGCCGACGCCCGCUUGUUCUGGGGUGCACCCACUCGCUCUCCUCCUGCCCCAGCCCGCAGACUCGGAGGUCCCUUCCUGACCGUGGAGACCCUCAAGAACAGGGUGGUGAGCAAAUGGGACAAUGUGACCCAGGCCGAGCUGGAGCGGCUCAAGGUUUCCCUGAAGGACUGCGAGGAGGAGCCCAGACUCCUGACGCCUGCCAAGACAGGCAGUGAGAUGGAUGCGCUUUGUCGAGUACCCGCCCCACUGGUUCUACUUCCUGAGGUUCCUGCAGACAGGCGGACAGUAUGAAAAAAAUCAUGGCCCGGAAUUGGAAUGCUAUAACAUGGAACAAACUCGUAAGGCUUUUGUGAUGUGUGUGAAGACAGGCAGACCAGGGGCCGAGCAGGAUAUAAAUAUGAUAAGAAAUUGGCUUGAAGAGUGCAAGUUUGAAUGUAUAUCAUGCAUCGAUCCUGAUGAAAAGGAGUUAAUGGAGAAAUUAACAGAGUUUCGAGAUGGACUAAAUGGAAUAAAAGAUGAUGUUAGCUGCUGCCUUGUUACUCUCAUGGCCCAUGGAGGAAAAGGCUUUAUCAACACAGUAUUCGAUGAAAGAGUCAACUUAACAGACAUAUUUGAAAUGUUCAACAAUGAAAACUGUCCAGCCCUUCAAGAGAAACCAAAACUCUUUGUAAUCCAGGCUUGUAGAGGAGAAAGAAGAGAUAGUGGUGUUAUUCAAGCUGAUAAUCUAUCAACGAAACAGGAUAGUUCAAAGAAAAAGCGACUUCCCACAUCCAGUGAUUACUAUAUCAUCUAUCCCACCCAAGAAGAUCACAUCUCUUUACGCCACUCAAUGAAUGGUUCUGUGAUGAUUCAAGCGAUAGAUGAAGUCUUUCGGAAACAUGGCAAGAAGUUGCAUAUUGUGGAUUUUUUUACUCAAGUGAACAACAGAGUGGCGCACGCAGACUUUAACAUGGGUAGGAAUCCUGUCAAAGUAGUACUGGUCACAGAGUCCACUCUCACCAAAGCUGUGUAUUUUUGACACCUGCAGGCAGAGGUGGAGGAUUUUAAUUACAGAACAACUUGUUCAUGCAUUAGCAUUGUGCUAUUCACUGCAUAAAACACUGGCUCUUACAUAUAUUGGUUGGAAUCUGCUGUGGAGUUUUCUAGGACUGUACAAAUCCUAGAAGGUAGAUAGGAGUAAGAACAGAUGUGAACUAUAGACAGAGGCCUCGUCAUAAGAGUUCUUUCUGUGAAAAGAUGAAUUUCUCUAAUUUUUAAAUGUAUUUCAU